AUGUCUCCUGUACAACAAACAGAUAGUGAGGCAAGCACCUUUUCAGAUGACGAUCUGGAUGAGAAAGCGCUCUUCCAACUUUCGUGGUUAGAUGUGCUUGCCAGGCUAUUUGUCGAUGUCAAGCAAGUGAAGGAGCCUGAAGUAUCACCAUAUCCCAUCGCUAAUAUUAACUACAGCUCUGCUUUUGAUCUUGCUAUGGGGUAUUAUCGUGCCCUGCGACCGACUAUGACGAGUCUAUAUUCAUCCAAGCCUUUUUCACCAAGUAUCCAGACUUCAUUGUCAGCAAUUGGUGGUCCUGCUUCAUGUGCUAAAUGGAUGUUAUUGCUCUCCUUUACGAUGCGGCAGUGUAUUGCGCAUUACACGAUUUGGAAGGAUCGCCGAGACUUUGUUUUAUGCCCUGCAAUGUUCCAAUGGGCGACACAGGAACAAAUUCAUUCCAUCGAUUUCAACCAGCCGUUGAAUCAUCAAAACUCACAAGACGAGUUAGCAGAGUUGGCGGAGAUGACUAAAAGCGAAAAGAUUCUCCAACUGAAAUAUGAGGAUCUUGUACGGCAGUGGCUCCCUCAACAUGAAGAUCUUGUCGCUCCCAAACACAAGGAUUCUAAAGGAGUCGAGUAUUGCUUUAGCCUCUGGCGGGCUGUGCGGUGGGAGCUGCAGACGAUUGGCUGCUUUAGUCGUCUUUAUCACAAGAACUUUCAAGUAUGGCACCAUCGAAAGGAAUUGCUCAACCAUGUCCUAAAGACCAUGAAUACAAAUGAUGCGAGGUUUUCGUCGGUGAUGGCCACCGCUGUCAACUUCGAUGAUUACCUCCUAGACGAACACGGCAUGAGCUUUGCGGAUAUCGACGAACGUGUGGCUUGUGAGGCGGUUCUUUUCCACAAGGACGCCAAAAACUAUCAUAUAUGGCUGCACCGCUCUUGGUUUAUUUCUGCAUUUCCAUUUCUGAUCAACCUCCCAGAGGGAUGGGAUAAAUGGCGGAUCUUUCUUGGUAUGUUUCCAGAAAUAAAAUCUCACGACGUCAUUACCAACACCACUGCGGCGGACUUUUCGGUGGAUCCACUGUGGAAGGAAAUCAACUGCCGGCGUCUGCUGCUUCCAUCCUGUCCUUUGGCUGAUGAGAUUACCUUUACAUCUCUUAUGAUCCAAGAGGACCACUUCAACAAUUCCGCCUGGUGCCAUCGUUUUUUGAUAAUCCGGAAGUAUUUAGUUGAGGCUCUGCUGCGGCAGCACCACGCCCAGCAGCGGCAUGCCGAUUUAGUUAUACUGAAAGAUGUGAUUAGCGCGGUAUGUCAACUAGAGGUGGACUUCGGCCUACAGUGGGCAAUCGUUGAACCCACGAAUGAAUGUGCUUUCGUGUACGCACGCUCCAUGGCGGAAUUACACCAAACCGCAAUACUGCGCCUUUUGCUUUUCGAACGCGCAGACGAGGACGCCGUCGAUUCUUCGACAUGUGCGGAUUCGUUCCUUUUGUCUGAUCUGAUGCCACCUUUAGCUUCUGUGUGCGUACAAGAAGGUCUCUCUGAGGACUCAUUCCAUGAGGACGACACGGAGUGCGAACCACCACGUACGUUAGAAGGGACGGAUUCUCCUUUGAACGGGAAACCGCGUAAAUUCCAUUACCAGAUUAGCAACUUCGCUUAUCGCGUUCGAAAGCUGUCAUGGAAUGAAUAUCUUAAUACCUUUGCGUUGGUCUUUUUUCAAAAUGGGGUUCUACGCACAUAUGGAGUGCCACGCGUACGGGAGCUUCAGCACGCGUUCGAGCAGGCUUCGCUCGAACACGCCCCGUCUCCACCAUCGUACGGUGCCGCAGUUGACAAGGAGGAAGUUGGGUCCGUUAGGGCCGCGAUGUACACGAAUUCUUCUCAAUUUAUGCUGGAUAAUAUGUGGCAGGUCCUAGCUGCGCAGUACCACUCUGCAUUUAACUUUCUAGAGCAGACAUGGCUGCUUUAUGGGGAUUCCGCGUUCAAGGUAAGUGUAGAGCAAACACGUCGACCAGAGGACUACGUCGUGCGUGGGGUCACACCGGAUAUGCGGACACCAAGCCUCGCAAAAGGCAAGGAGUCUACGGUGGUAUCAACAACCGCAGACGCUGAGGCCCUUAACAACAACAACAGUAACCCCAAGGAGAAAAAGCCAUUACCGGCAGUUUCCCUUUUCUUGACCGUAGAGGCUGAUGCACUUUAUCUGGCAAAACGCCUGCUUCUAGAGGAUCCUAUUCGGAGCAAAUACUGGAAGAAUGAAGUAUGGACAGUACUGUAUCGUCAAUAUUAA